GUAUUGUAGAGCCGACUGAGAGUUGUGACGACCUCGGUUUUCUUCUUUAGUCAGAUCUUCACUCUUUCCUCUGUCAAUCGUAAUUGUCUUUGCGGUUCCUCAAAGGUUUAGCUGAAAUGGCCGAAUCAAAACCAGGAUUGAGGAAACCUGUAUUCACCAAGGUUGCCCAGCUCCGCCCAAGCACCUCAGGGCACACUCUCACGGUAAAGGUUGUUAAUACUAAGAUGGUAUUACAGAAGGGUCGUGCUGAUGCCCCUCAAGUACGCCAAAUGCGAAUUGCUGAAUGCUUGGUAGGCGAUGAAACCGGAUUGAUUAUCUUUACAGCUAGAAAUGAUCAAGUGGAUUUGGUGAAAGAGGGCUCUACCCUAACCCUGCGUAAUGCCAAAAUCGACAUGUUCAAAGGAUCGAUGAGACUUGCUGUGGACAGGUGGGGCCGUGUUGAAGUUGCUGAACCUGCUAGUUUUACAGUGAAAGAAGAUAACAACCUCUCACUCAUUGAAUAUGAACUUGUCAAUGUUGAAGAGUGACUUUUCUGGACAGAGUUCAGUUGCGUACCUGUCUUAACCCAAAAAAAUAAAAACAAAAUUGAAGAAGUUCUGUUGUUAUAUGGGGCAUCUAAUCUCCAAAAUGUUCUUGAAACUUACAAAUUUAGGAAGAAGAAAUCUUGAAGCCGGUACUACCUAAGUCUUCUCUUAACUUUGCAGCCAAUCGUGAUGGAGCUUUGGUUGGACGGCCAAAUAGAUGGUGAUGGCUGUAAGUUUAUCAAGAUGAGGGAACCGGCUUUCUCUGUUUACUAUCUACUUGUUUUUGGAAAGUACAUAUGGGAUUCAUGUUAUGAAAUAUGUCUAAUACUUUUUCUAAUUCAGUAUGAGUUUCCUACGUUAUUUCUUCCAUUUUAAUUUUCGUUUUGAUGUCAACUGAUAAGUCUAAAUAUGUGUAUCUGGAAAUGCUUUGGUAUUUUUGAGAAAGUUCUUU